AUGGGCGAUCCCCCGUGUAAUAGUGAGGUGGAGGAGGACAUUCCAGUCCAUGUGACCACAGAAAAUCCAAGUAAGAACUCUGAGGGAAACUUCAUCUUAUCACUAAAUUAUAAAGUAGAAGAUGAAGAUAUCGGGCAUGGCUCUUCAGGAGAAACCCUCAUUACCUGUAAUGUCCAUCCAGGACUUCAUAGAACAGAUCUGUCAAAUAAUGCUCCUAAUCAUAAGGAACCUUCUCCUGACCAAUCACAGAUUGUUAUCACAAGUACCGGGCCGAAAGAGGUUACUUGUUUUCAGUGUGGGGAAUGUGGAAAACAGUUUACAGACAUCUCAGGUCUAUAUGCACACAGAAGAAUUCACACAGUAGAGAAGUCAUAUUCAUGUUCAGAAUGUAGGAUAUGUUUUACAGAUGAACCAAAUUUUCUUAGACAUCAGAGAAGUCACACAAGAGAGAAACCAUAUUCAUGUUCAGAAUGCGGCAAAUGUUUUACAAAAAAGUCAAGUCUUGUUAGACAUCAGAGAUUUCACACAGGGGAGAAACCAGUUUCACGUUCCGAAUAUGGGAAAUGUUUUAGAAAUAAAGCAAAUCUUGCUAAACAUCAUAAAUCUCACACAGGAGAGAAUCUAUAUGUAUGUUCAGAGUGUGGGAAAGGUUUUACACAAAAGUCAUAUCUUCUUUCUCAUGAGAAAUAUCACACAGGGGAGAAGCCAUUUUUAUGUUCAGAAUGUGGGAAAUGUUUUGUCACUAAAGUAAACCUCAAGAUUCAUCAGAGAAGUCACACAGGAGAGAAACCGUAUUCAUGUUCAGAAUGUGGAAAGUGUUUUGUUACUAAAGACAGCCUCAAGGUUCAUCAGAGAAUUCACACAGAAGAAAAAAAAACAUUUAUAUGCUCCAAAUGUGGUGACUGGUUUAUAAAAAAGUCAGGUCUUGUUACACAUGAGAAAAUUCACACAGGAGAGAAGCCAUUUUGAUUUUUUUCAUGUGAAAAAGAAAUUCAGAAUUUGAAACUCAUCAGAGAAUUCGCACAUAGAAGAAACUAUAUUCUUGUUUGGAAUGUGGGAAGUGUUUCCAUGCAUUAAACAGCCUAUAUUAGAGUAUAUUUUUCUGUGGAUCUACCCUGGGUUUGCCAAACACCCAAAUUAUAUUUCCCUGAGGUCAACAGUGACCAGGAUCCAUGGAGGAAAAGUACUGUGGAUUUGAGGAAAAAGAAGAGCGUUGUUUACUGUCAGAGCAGUGAAGAUGAUUGUCCCCAUGGACCUUGCUUCUUACCAUAUUCAUACCUCCGCCAGCACUGCAGGAGAAUCCAGAGGGACACAGUGAGAAACGGAAGGACACCUCCUGUAGACUUUUAUGUAACCUAUGUGGACAUAUGGAAUGGGUAUUUGCUCUUCAUUAAUACAAUAUAUCAAGAUAAAGGUGAUGGGGAAAUAACAAUUUGAGUUGACAAUAAUUUGU